AUGAAGUCACUCAUUCUCUUUUCCCUGCCUUUGCUGGCUUCGGCGGUGCCGACCAGCAAUCCCCAGAGCAAACGCGGCCUCAUGGACCUGUUUCUGGAUACUCUCCCCGUCGUCAACACUACCGAGAAGACUCCAGCCAUCCGACCCGAUGCGAAGCGCACCGUGGUCACCUGGGGACCGAUCGAGAUGGUUCCUGGUAACGCUGAUAAGCCCUUCGGAUCCUUCUCCAUGGACCCACGAGGCGAGACGUUCAUGUCAAUCUUGAAGGAGGGCUUCCCGAAGGACGCGUCCGUCCUCGCUGGGCAGUUCGAAGUCAAGUUGGCUGAUGGCGAGCCGGCUGGAGUGGAGGCCGGCUUGUAUACCCACCACAUGCUGACGUUCGUGAACAAGAAGAGCAAUUCUUGGAUCGCGGAGUGUGAUAAAUCGACGAUUGACCCCAGUGGCGAGCCUGCUUCGGGUUUGGCAGGCUUAUUUUCCGGCGCAGGUGGCUCGUCUGGUUCGUCCGGGUUGUCUAGUCUAUUUGGUGGCUCAAGUGGCUCGGGUGGAUCCUCAGGGUUGUCAGGACUCCUUGGAGGAGCAUCAAGCGCUGGUGGGGCCUCUGGUUCAGGUAAGGGCAUCCCCUCUAUUCGUGUGUCGGCUAGCAGUUCCGGUGGUAUUUCUUACAUGGACGCUACUAACGAUACAUCAGGGUCGGCCACCACACCCGCGUCAUCUUCUGCGGGGGCAGCAUCUGGGGGACACAGCCAUUCUCACCGACGACGCCAGAUUGGUGGCCUUGGGAUCUCCGCCUUCCUCAUGGUUGGUGAAGACAAUGGCAACGCACCUGUCUACUACACAGACCCAGAUGGAAAGUUGGAGAGCGGUUACUAUCUCCCUGCUGAUGCGGAGAUUACCGUUCAGUCCGACCUUGUCAACUACAAGGACGAACCGCUCGAGGUAUACUUGUCCAUGGAUUUGGAGUACAUGCCGGGCAAAUUUGGCCCCGACACGAAGACCAAGUUGAUGAACAUCCAAGGCUGCACGGGCCGUGAGAUCAAGCUGGACACUGCCGGUGAGUCGCGAACGACGAGCGACAAAUUCGCAAUCCUUGAAGACGGAUACAUCAUCAAUGGAAAGGGACACUUGCACGACGGCGGCGUCUCGAUGAUCCUCCUCGUUAACGACAAGGAGGUGUGCACCAGCAAAGCCACAUAUGGUGGCGCUGGUGGCACGAUGGAGCUCGACGGAGAGAAAUGGGAGACCAUCUCUAAUAUGAACCGAUGCCCGGAGCCAAUUCCUAUCAAGAAAGGAGACUACAUCACCAUGACGGCCGUGUAUGACCUUAAACUCCACCCUCUCCGAACACAAGGAGCCACUUCCGGCGGGAUGGAGGGGAUGGAAAUGGGGGGACAUUCACACCGUUCGAGAGAUGAGGGGGCUGGUCACGGCGAUGGUCACGGUGCUGAGGUUAUGGGCAUGUGGGAUCUGACCUUCGCUCCGAUGGCCGUUACGGAUAGCCCCAUCCUCGGGAACGGCACUUCUUCCGGGAACAGCACCACCCCCGGGAGCGGGACUAGCUCCGGGAACGGCACUACCUCCAGGAGAUAG